AUGUCAUCUCUGUACUUUCUUGAUCUAGGUGAAAACCAGCUCGAGGAGACCAUACCACAUGAAAUCGGCAGCAUUGGAGGCCUACGCAUCCUUUCUCUCCACGCCAACAGCCUCUCAGGUGUGCUUCCACAAUCCCUGGGGAUAUUGAAAGGUCUCGUUCGUCUCGAUUUGUCUCACAAUAAACUAGAAACGAAUGAUAGAAAUCUUACACGGCUGACUGAGCUUCUUCUAUACAAUAGCUACUUGGAAGGGCCAAUUCCGUCAUGCUUGGGAAACUUAAAGAACCUGUUUCGCCUUGAUCUCACAACGAACCGACUCAAUGGUUCAAUCCCCAGAGAGGUCUUUGAACUUCCUGCACUCUCUGUCUACUUAGAUUUAUCAUACAAUUCAUUGUCUGGGCAACUUCCUACUGAAGUUGGUAGCCUGGCAAACCUUAACGGCCUCUAUCUGUCAGAAAACCAGUUGUCUGGCAACAUACCUCAUAGUAUUGAAAACUGCAAAUCAUUGGAAUGGUUAUUGCUGGACCAGAAUUCAUUUGAGGGCACUCUUCCUCAAUCUUUGGAGAAUUUAAAAGGCCUUGGUGUACUCAACAAUUUGACAUCAUUGUCAAAAUUGGAUGUGUCCUUCAAUAAUUUGCAAGGUGAAGUACCAAAAGGGGGUGUUUUUGGAAAUGAAAUGAACCUGUCCAUUGAUGGGAACGAUAAGCUUUGUGGCGGAACACCUCAGCUUCAUUUACCUCCAUGCUACAUGUUUGCUUCAGAAAAGAAGAAAAGGCAUUUGUCAAAAUCCCUUACAAUUACCCUAAUAUCAUUCAGUGCACUUGUAUUCUCAGAUUCAGUAGUUUCUCUUAUUCAGUUGAUCAAUAAGAAGCUCAGAGAAAGGCAAAAAAGCCAAAUCAUAUUCACAACCGAUGAACAGUAUGAAAGAGUUUCUUACCAUGCAUUGUCAAAUGGGACAAAUGGAUUUUCCAAGGCCAAUUUGGUUGGACAAGGAAGCUAUGGCAUGGUUUAUAAAUGUACUUUACGUGAUCAGGGCACUACAGUAGCUGUAAAGGUGUUUAACACAAAACAGUCUAGGACUGCUAGAAGUUUUGUGGCUGAAUGUGAGGCACUGCAAAGGGUGUGUCACCGUUGUCUUAUAAAGAUCAUCACUUGCUGCUCAAGCAUCACUCACCAGGGCGAAGAGUUCAAGGCACUAGUUUUUGAGUUCAUGCCAAAUGAAGACAUGAGUGCCCGAGUUGGAGACUUUGGCAUAUCAAGAAUACUUCCACAAAGUGCUAAUAGAACCCAACAAAAUUCAACUAGCACAACUGGAAUAAGAGGCACCAUUAUUGGUUAUAUUGCUCCAGAGUAUGGUGAAGGUUCCUUUGUCUCAACACAAGGUGAUGUUUAUAGCCUCGGUAUAUUACUGCUUGAGAUGUUCACAGGAAGGAGCCCAACAGAUCAGAUGUUCAAUGCUAACAACAGAACUACAAGAAGCAGAAUUCAGAAUUGCUUGGUUUCUGUUGUUGCUCUUGGAAUAUCCUGCUCCAAGAAGCAGCCUAGAGAACGGAUCCCAAUACAGGAUGCAGCUAUUGAAAUGCAUGCUAUUAGAGGUGAUCACUUACCUGAAAUAACUGAAGAUGUAUAUGAAGCUUCAGUUCUAGAAUUCUUCAUAACACAUGUUCGAAAACUCAUUGGACUUUCAAAAGUUCGCCGAGGCCGCUCUCCCCAACGGAGCCUUGGAGCUAUCCAACCCAGCAAUCUGGCUGCAUCAAGAAGUGAAGGACUCAUAUGUGCAGCUGCAUUAUGGACUAUUUGGAAGACCAGGAAUGACGUAGUGUUCAACAAGAAAGUGAUGUCAUCCCCGGCGGCGAUCAUACGCAAGACUCUGAUGCUAAUCAAGACCUGGCACCGUCUGGUGAAAGCCAAGCUUAGCCCCAUGGCGGACGAGAUGAUAAAUGUGAUGGCGACGAGCGCAUACUGA